AUGAAGAAUGGUUUGCUGCUGAUGGUUGACCAGGCCCUACGCCUUCAUGGACCCUUCGAAGGCAUUCUCGGCUUGGGCCGGCCGGAGGUGAAAAUGAGCGGCAAGGCCCAGGUCAACCGUUCUGCGGGGGAGCUUGAUAUCCGGGUCCCAGGUUAUGCUGAGAAGGCAGGCAUCCGACGCUUCUCCAUGUGCUUCAACCGGGAGGCGGAUGGCGUUCUGGGCCUGCACACUGCAGAGCCUUCCAAGCGACUGGAGUCCGUGGGUCAGAUCCACUGGGGAGUGGACUUUCAUGGCAUCUCCAUCGGUGAGGGCAACGCAAAGCACAGGGUCAAGAUCUGCGACCCCAAAGAGAAGCGAGCAGAUCAGGAGCCCGGUGCUGAGGCGAAGUUAAGGACCAUCUGCGGCCUCAUUCCAGACAGCGGGACCACGAUGAUCACCGGGCCCGAGAACCAGCUGGCCGAGUUGUACAUGGACAUCUGCUCGAAUUGGGAGCGCUGCCAAAAAGCUUUCGAAGAAGUCAGCAAGGAGAUGAAGGACUUGCAAGAUCAAGGCAUGCAAGUUGGAGGAUUGUCCUUGACACAGCAUGCGACCGUUCCGGAGGAGUUGGCCGAUGCCUUCAAGAAGCUGCAAGACAUCUUGCAAGCAGGAAAGGCUGACGCAGCCGCCUCCAACACGAGCUCGGGUGACGCGGCCGACAUCGCGGACAUUCUCGGUGGGGCAGCAGGUGCGGAGGCAAAGCCUCAGACUCAGAAGGACUACAUGAAGGCCAAUGUCUUUUUGCUGCUGCUGGAGCACUGUGCUGACUGGGCCGAGGGGGUGGACAUGGACCAGGAGCUCCCGAAGCUGAACUUCCACGUCGCCGGGCUGAACGGUGUGCAGACGGAGCUCUCGCUUCGCCCGAAGAACUACAUCAUGACUGCCACGGCUGACAUCAACGUUCCGGAAAUGAAAACUCUGGGUGGGUUGACCUUCCAGAUUGAGCGCAAGAAGCGUGGAAAGGUCUGCAUGCCUGCUUUUCAGCCGGCGCCUUUCACGACCAAGCUGAAUGGAGAGGUUUGGAUCAUGGGCACGCCUCUGUUCUACGAGUACACGGCCCACUAUGACCGUGGUAGCGCAGAUGGCAAGGUGAAGCCAAGCAUGGCUUUCACCCACGUGCAUGAAGAGCCCUGCGGAAGAUGUCAAGACAAUCGCAUUGUCCGCGGCGGGCACCCGGCCUUGACGCAGAAAAAGUCGGAGAAAACCGGCGUGGAGUCUCUCCGACAACUGACGAAGGCCCCAAUUGUGCGCAAUCUGACCUCCACGCACUCACUCUGA